CCUAUGCACAAGGCAAAAAACCCCGAAGUCUCGCGAUAGGCGCUUACUCGUACGGCCGCCAUAUUGUGUGACACUAUUUUGAUUCUUAUCUGUUGGAAGUGCGAAAGGAAGAGAGAAAAUAAGGGGGAGCAGAGGGGGAAAAGCAGAAGAGCUGUCAAAAGAAUCCCGAGUCUGAGAAACAGCGGGCGGCGGAGGCGGUGGUGGUUUUCUCCCCUCAUCGCUGUCUUUAGCGGAGUUGGGCCUGGGUUCAGCAGCCCGGCCCAGUGCAGUUCCGCGGCGGCGUCUCGGCCCGGGGAGCGGCGGCUGACACGAAGAUGCUAAGAUAGUACGCUAGCGUGCGUGCUGAGGUCAGGUCCGUUCUGUUUUGGCAGUAGACGAAUGGCACAGGGAAACCAGCAUAUUGACAACCAGGUUCUGCACCACCUGCAGCAAAAGUUUCCAGAAGUUCCAGAGGACGUGGUGUGUGAGUGUGUCCUACAGCCCCUCCCUUCAAACCACCUGUCAUGUAGAGAUGGCGUUCCACAAUCUAGCCAGUUCCUGAAUAAGAACGAUUUGGCUGCAUGUUGCGAGUACCUGGCCAAGGUGAGUCCUGGUUUUUUGUAUAGUGAAGGCAGCCAGAGUUUGACAGAUCUUCGCAAUCACAUGACCCAGCUCAACCUUGGCGUCUCUCAGAAUACCCAUGGUGCAGUGCAGCGAGAUGUAGUAAGGAUGAAUGGCAGCAGGACUCUCACCCCCAGUGUGAACGAUGGGCCUUUAAACGUACUGUCUCCCCUCUCUGAGUUCUAUCAGCCUGAAACGCCGUCUGUGCCUACACACACGCCCACAAGCCUCAGUGCAUUCGCUGCCAUGGAGUCCACUCGUAAGCCGCAGCCUCCUCAGCAUCUUGGCCUUUACCAGGUUGGGGGCAAAGGUCAUGGACCACCGCCAACCCCGCGCUUCAACCCAAUCACAGUGACGCUUGCGCCCAACACCGGCCGAAAUACACCUACCUCCCUGCACAUACAUGGAGGGCCUCAGUCGGGUCUGAACAGUCCAAACUCCAUCUAUAUUCGCCCAUACGUGACCCAGCCAGGCUCAACGCGACAGGUACAAGGACGAGCGCAGUACAGUCCCACCUCCCAGCCUUCCCAGCAGAUCUAUCAGAUCACUCAUCCUGCAGCUUCCCAGAGUUCGUGGAGCGGCAGCCAGCAUCAAACCUCACAUGUAUACAUGCCUAUCAGUUCACCUACCAACACCCAGGCCCCCUCCAUCCCCUCGGCUGUGGUGUCACAGGCAUCCUCUUCGUCACCCUCGCCUUCCUCAUGCUCAUCUGCUGCCUCCUUUAGCCAGUAUAACAUCCAGAACAUCUCAACUGGGCCACGGAAGAAUCAAAUUGAGAUAAAGUUGGAGUCUCCACAGAGGGUAGCUGGUGGUUCGAGCACGGCCACCGCUACGCUCCUGCGUUCCGGUUCUGCCCCACGAGCCACCUGUAGCUCCACAUCUUCGUCCUGUCCAUCGUCAUCUUCGCUGGCUGCCAGCACAGGUCCCUCUGCCCCGAUCUCAAUUGGAGGUGCUGGGCUCAGUCGCAGCCAGCCCACGGUGUAUAUCUCUGCGUCCCCACCCGCUGCUGCUACUACCCCAUCGGAUGAAUGCGCCAUUGUUCCCAACAACCCUCGCUCACAGCCCAAGUUCUAUAUUUCUGCAAACACAUCAGCCGAUGAUGGAGGGGGAAGGAACCCGCCUACAGUCUAUAUCUCGGCCAAUCCAACGCAUCAGGGUUCUGCUGGUCUGCGGGCUUUAGGAAGCCAGGUGAGCAUGGGACCUGCAUAUAUACACCACCACCCACCCAAAUCUCGUCCCUCUGUGGGAGCUGGAGGGACUGCCACGUCUCCUCGUGUGGUGGUAACGCAGCCCAACACCAAAUACACAUUUAAAAUCACUGUCUCCCCCAAUAAACCGCCAGCUGUGUCUCCUGGAGUGGUAUCGCCAACGUUUGAGCCAACUAACCUGCUCAGUCUACCUGGUGAUCACCAUUAUGCAGAGCCGGAUCCCCUUUACCAGUCUGACCCGCUUUCACCUCACCGGGACAAAAGCUCAGAGCCUCGCAGACUCAGCAUGGGUGCUGACGACGCUGCAUACACACAAGCUUUGCUAGUGCAUCAGAGAGCACGCAUGGAGAGAUUGUGGCAUGAAUUAGAGCUGAAGAAGAGAAAGCUGGAGAAGCUGAAAGAAGAAGUCAACGAGAUGGAAAAUGACCUCACAAGGAGACGACUGCAGCGCUCCAACUCAGUCUGUCAGAUACCAUCUAUUGAGGAGAUGCAGCAACUGAGGUGUAAGAAUAGGCUUCUACAGAUCGAUAUUGAUUGUUUAACCAAAGAGAUUGACCUCCUUCAGACACGAGGACCAGACUUUAAUCCCAUUGCAAUUCACAAUUUUUAUGACAACCUUGGAUUCUUGGGUCCUGUACCUCCUAAACCGCAUAAAGGUCCUACAAAACCAGCUGUGGAUCACACAGGUUCUCUAGACAGGAGAGGGCGCAAAAUAAACGUCAGCUCCAAGUUAAAGAGAGACCCGUCUCUACCUCCUGUACCACCUUCUAUGGCUGUAUCCAUGGAGGGCAGUAGGAAUGUGAGGGUCAUGCCGGAGCCUGAGGAGGAUGAUGGAGUUCAGUGGAGCUGUACUGCCUGCACCUUCCUCAACCACCCUGCCCUCAACCGCUGUGAAGAGUGUGAAUUUCCACGGCAUUUCUGAGCCACACACAAUACAUGCAACAUACACACAAACGUGUCGACAGCCACCAUUUUGCCUCCACCAGGAAAUCAUGGACUCAUCUGUUGGAGGUUUUCUAUAAAGCUUCCUCUUUCCCCCACAGUGUCAUUGUGUGUCUGUCUGUCUUGUGAUGUCCACUGAAGACUGGAUGAUGUUUACAGCUCUUUUGUCUCUGCACAAAAUGUGUGCUUCUGUGUCGAGAGGGAGUUUUGUGUGUCGCGUGGGAGAUCAAGGGAAGUUUCGCCCGCUUGAUCCAUGAAGAGGCUCAGUGCUGCCAGUGAUAUUAACACGUUUAUUACAUCCACGCGGUUUACAUGUGUGUCUACGGAUGCCAGUGUGCCUUUUUUCAUGGGAACAGUUCCUGACUGCUCUAUGAAUGCUGUUCCCAAAGGAUCAUGAGUGAAAUCUGCUAAACUCUCAAUUCUUUUGUUUGGUAAAUGAAAAAUGAGAAAAAAAAAAAAAAAAAAAACCUGCAUGCUUUAGAUGUACAGUUUACAGAGGAGUCCCCGCCACACAGAUUUUACUGUACAUAGUUUUAGAAUGAGCUUUUCGAUGCCUAUUUUCUUUCUCAAGAUUUCACAUGUAUUUCCUGUAAGUAUAGCUUUAUAGACUUCAUUUAUUUCUAUGUGGUGUUGUUUUUUUGUUUCUCAGAUGAGAAUGGUUUCCCAUCGAGAGCUUUUGUGAGAACUUAAAGGGAUGUUAAAAUGUGCAACAGCGAACGACAAAACGAUGCUCUUUGUCAAGCACUCUAUCCAGUGUACGAGCUGCAGAUGCAGCAAAACUGAAAAAGAUCUAGCUUUUAUUAAUAAGGUACUUGACCUCAGAGCGGUCAAAGGACUUCACAGGAAAUCCAUAAAGCCCUCGGAUAACACAUGCUUUCCUAUGUGACAACUGGAAUGUAGGUUUACUAUUAGGAGAAUUUAUACCUUUGUGCCAAGAAUGGAAUGUUGCUAUGCAUUGAUAACGCUUUUCAGAUUAUUAUCAGUAAUGUGGGUUUGAGAGAAAAGACUUUGUCUUACAGUGUAUGGGUGCCCUCCUAACAGUGGAUGAGUAUUCACAAGGGCUUUUUAAUAUACGGAGUACUCACCGCUAGCCUUUACGGCUCAGGUUUUGUAAAUUGCCAAAGCACAGGAAGCACAGACCAUCGUGUCCCUGAGUGUAGCUCGAUAUUUCACAAUGUGCCUGCAGUCUUUAUGUGGUUCUGUUACGAAUCAUGUGCACAGUGCCUUCGCUUGCAGAUGUUACACAAUUGAAACAGGUCCUUGGAAAUGUUUUGUAACUUUAUUAGUUUAUUGACCUAAACUUUAUUUCAGAAAACAAAUGUUUUGUCAUCCAUCCUUACAAGAGUGCUAAUGCACAAGUCGUGCAUUGAAUGAGGUCGUUAUUUAUGAAACAAAUGAAUACACAAUUUCCAAAUGCUGGUUUCUGGUAUCCAGGCUAAAAAUAACUUUGCUGUGGAGAAAAUUUAUUCAAUCUAUGCUUUGUUUCCGAGAUGAGACUAUUUUUGGCUCCAAAAACAUUACUUUCUGUGGUAGUUUCACUAACUUUUUUAAAAAAAACCCAAAGAAAUAAUCAGAUCUGUCUGUCAUGUUUAUGGAUUUUAAAAGAAAAGGGGGAAGAAAAAGUAUUUGGAUAUCCAAUGUUUUUGAUCUUAGCUGGGAAAACUGUCUUUGUAAUAGAUAAGUUAUUUGUAAAAAAUAAAAAAAAUAAAACAAAAAAUAAACUCUG